AUGGCGACGACAAGCUCUAUGUUUAUGUAUAGCUUGACUAUACAACCGCCUUCAGCCAUCACUCAAGCAGUCUUGGGUCAGUUUGCCGGUACAAAAGAGCAGCAGAUCAUCACAGCAUCGGGCUCCAAGCUCACCAUCCACAGACCCGAUCCUACGCAGGGAAAAAUCUCCCCUCUCUUCACCCAGGAUUGCUUCGGCAUCAUCAGGUCUCUGGCCGCCUUCCGACUGGCGGGGAGCAGUAAAGAUUAUCUAAUUGUCGGCUCGGACUCGGGGCGCAUCACCAUCCUCGAAUAUCUCCGCGACCAGAAUCGGUUCAAUCGCGUCCAUCUCGAGACCUACGGCAAAUCGGGCAUCCGAAGAGUCAUUCCCGGUCAAUAUCUCGCUGUCGAUCCGAAAGGACGAGCGUGUCUGAUUGCGUCCGUCGAAAAGAACAAGCUGGUCUACGUCUUGAAUCGAAAUGCGCAGGCCGAGCUUACCAUCUCUUCGCCGCUCGAAGCCCAUAAACCUCAGACUCUCGUCUUUGAAUGCAUAGCCCUUGAUGUCGGUUACGAGAACCCCAUAUUCGCGGCGCUCGAAGUCGAUUACACCGAGGUGGACCAGGAUCCCAGUGGGCAGGCCCUGGAAGAGGUGGAAAAGCUUCUAGUCUAUUACGAGCUUGACCUUGGCCUUAACCAUGUUGUCCGUAAGUGGGCUGAGCCUGUGGCAAGGAGUGCCAUCAAGCUGUUCCAGGUGCCUGGUGGAUCUGAUGGGCCGAGUGGCGUUCUCGUCUGUGGUGAAGACAAUAUCACCUACCGACACUCAAAUCAGGAGGCUUUUCGUGUGCCAAUUCCCCGGAGAAGAGGUGUGCUCGAGAAUCCUGAGCGCAAGCGCCACAUCGUGGCGGGAGUUAUGCACAAAAUGAAAGGCCAGUUCUUCUUGCUUCUCCAAACCGAGGACGGUGACCUCUUCAAAGUCACCAUAGAAAUGGUCGAGGACGAGAAUGGUCAGCCGACUGGUGAGGUCAAGGCACUUAAACUGAAAUACUUCGACACAGUGCCUGUGGCGAACAACCUGCUCAUCUUAAAGAGUGGGUUUUUAUUUGUGGCCUGCGAAAGUGGCAACCACCAUUUCUACCAAUUUGAAAAGCUCGGAGAUGACGACGAUGAGACAGAAUUCACGAGUGACGAUUUCCCUUCAGAUCCAACAGCACCUUACACCCCGGCUUUUUUCCAUGUGCGACCUCUCGCAAAUCUCAACCUUGUGCAAAGCAUAGAUGCUGCAAACCCCUUACUGGACUGCAAAGUUGCCAACCUUCUCGAUGAAGAUGCGCCACAGAUCUACUCGAUAUGCGGAUCGGGUGCUCGAAGCAGUUUCAAGACUCUCAAGCACGGUCUGUCUGUUUCGGAGAUUGUGGAAUCUGAGCUCCCUGACAAGCCUGAGGCUGUGUGGACGACCAAAUUGACAAGAGAAGACGAGUACGACGCUUAUAUCGUGCUAUCUUUCCGCACCGGAACCCUAGUGCUUAGCAUUGGGGAAACCGUGGAAGAAGUCACAGACACGGGUUUUCUUUCAACAGCUCCGACCCUUGCCGUGCAACAGCUGGGCGAGGAUGCUUUGAUUCAAGUACACCCCAAGGGUAUCCGACACAUUCGAGCCGACAAGCGGGUGAACGAGUGGCCGGCACCUCAGCAUCGAUCCAUUGUCGCUGCCUCCACAAACGAGCGACAAGUCGCUGUAGCUCUGAGUUCAGGCGAAAUUGUUUAUUUUGAAAUGGACUCUGAUGGAUCCUUGGCAGAAUAUGAUGAGCGAAGAGAAAUGACCGGAACCGUGACCUGUCUAUCACUUGGAGAGGUGCCCGAGGGCCGGGUUCGAAGCUCAUUCCUUGCUGUUGGAUGCGACGAUUCCACAGUCAGGAUAUUAAGUCUCGACCCCGAUUCAACGCUUGAAAACAAAUCAGUGCAAGCGUUGACUUCGGCACCUUCAGCUCUGUCAAUCAUGGCCAUGGCUGACUCCACAUCCGGCGGGAGUACGCUCUAUCUCCAUAUCGGUCUCUACUCAGGUGUCUACUUGCGAACCGUGCUAGAUGAGAUCACUGGUGAGCUUUCAGACACGCGAACGCGCUUUUUGGGCCUGAAGCCGGCAAAGCUUUUCCGCGUCUCGGUCAAGGGACAGAAUGCCGUCAUGGCACUAAGUUCACGGCCCUGGCUUGGAUAUACGGAUAGGCAAACAAACGGCUUCAUGCUGACACCACUCGACUACGUUGGUUUACAGAUAUUUACGAUCGAAGAUCUGUCCCGAAACUUACUGCAAGAGAAUAUCCCACUCUCGUACACGCCCAGGAAAUUCGUCAAACAUCCUGAGCAACCCUUGUUCUACGUUAUUGAAGCAGACAACAACGUUCUUGCACCUGCCACCAGAACAAAAUUGCUCACAGAAUCGACGGCUGUUAAUGGAGACGCUGUCCAACUCCCUCCCGAAGAGUUUGGCUAUCCUCGUGGGACCGGCCACUGGGCGUCAUGUAUCCAGAUCGUCGACCCAGUCACGACCAAAUCCGUCGUCUUCACUCUUGAGCUGGAGGAUAAUGAAUGUGCCACCAGCAUCACAGCAGCGCCAUUCGCAGGACAAGAUGACGAGACCUUCCUAAUUGUCGGGACGGCAAAGGAUCUGGUGAUCAGUCCUCGUUCAUUCUCGGCCGGUUUCUUACAUGUUUAUCGCUUCCACGAAGACGGUAAGGAACUCGAAUUCAUCCACAAAACAAAAGUGGAGCAACCUCCAACCGCCUUGCUUGCUUUCCAGGGCCGGCUCCUAGCAGGUAUUGGACCAGAUCUACGCAUCUACGACCUCGGAAUGAAACAAAUGUUGCGCAAGUGCCAAGUUCAAGCAGUCCCGAACAUCGUCGUUGGCUUACAGACCCAGGGAAGCAGAAUUAUCGUCAGCGAUAUCCAGGAGAGUGUAACAUACUGUGUAUACAAGUACCAAGAAAACAAACUUAUUCCAUUUGUCGACGACGUCAUUGCUCGCUGGACAACGUGUUGCACCAUGGUCGAUUAUGAAACUGUGGCAGGCGGCGACAAGUUCGGGAAUCUCUGGUUGUUGCGCUGCCCAACCAAGGCUUCUGAAGAGGCCGACGAAGAUGGCUCAGGAGCACAUUUGAUUCAUGAACGAGCCUAUCUCAGCGGUGCACCCAAUCGACUGAGUCUCAUGGUGCACUAUUUCCCCGGCGACAUUCCCACCAGCAUCCAGAAGACGAGUCUCGUGGCCGGUGGUCGAGAUGUGGUGUUCUGGACGGGGUUUCAGGGUACGCUGGGCAUGCUUGUGCCGUUCGUAAGUCGCGAAGACGUUGAUUUCUUCCAGUCUCUGGAGAUGCAACUCGCGUCGAACAAUGGCAACCCCCCAAUUUUGGGUCGAGAUCAUCUCAUCUACCGCUCAUACUACGCGCCCUCCAAAGGGAUCAUUGAUGGCGAUUUGUGCGAGACUUUCUUUUUGCUCUCGAAUGAUAAGAAACAGAUGAUAGCAGGAGAGCUGGACCGAAGUGUAAGGGAGAUUGAGAGGAAGAUUUCGGAUAUGAGGACACGAGUGGCAUAUUGA